AAUAAAUUCUCCAGAGUUGGGAAUUUCAGAACCCUUAACCGCCCGCCUUCCUGCUCAACACCAGAGCUCGAACGCCAACGGUACCGUUUUAAUGGACGACUCGUCGCAACUGCAAACCUUAACCCGGAAUCCAUCAGAAGCCACAUUUUCUUUCCCUCCGCACCGCCGCCGGCCACUCCGCAGCCGUACUUACUGCACUCUUAUCGAAAUUCUCUCUCACUGCCGUACCAACUUCCACCAGCAUCAAACACAAGUUGAUACUGGUGAUGUGGAAUCAAGACGAGUAAGUGAAGAAAACAGAUCAAUAGCCUGUCAAGAGGUGAAUCCAAUUGAUGUGUUAGUCCUGAUUCCUAGUAGCGAGGAGUCCAAGGAUCCAUUAGCUCAAGGAGCUUCUGUUGGUAAGAAUAAAGAACAUGUUGGUUUUAAGGAUGGAGGCUUUGAUGGUAAACAAGAAGCACUACCAGAUUUGGAUCACACAAGAUUGAUAACAGAUUGCGUGCAAGAAGUCAUUCCGGAAAAUAGAAAUAACAUGGGGGACUUCGUGGUGGUUGAAAACCAGACAAGUGAUUCUGCUAUUUGGACCACCGAGGAUCAAGAUAAUGGGAACAGUUUUCGCGAUAUUGUCACAUUGGAACAGCUUGAAGUGGACCAGGACUUCUCUAUUCAGGAUUUUUCUGAAGUUCUUGAUGGUUGCUUUGGCAUGGAUAUGGCCAUUGAAUCAUCAAAAGUGGGAGAGGACCACCAAGAGAAUGUUACUAUGGAGGAGAACAUAAGUAAAGAAGCUGAGCAUGAUUUGAAGCUAAAGGAGAUGGAACUGGAGAAUCUCAUAUAUAAUUCAGGUGUGGUGGAGUCGCCUUGUCAUAUAAAUGAUGAUGCAGAGAUUGAAGAAGGGGAGAUCUCUGGGGAGGCUGGUAUUGCUGAUGCAUCACUAGAUGCCUUAUCCGAAAAUGCAGUAUCACUGGGAGAGAGAACUACAGAAAUGGUCCAUGGUUCUAAGGAUUCUUUUGAUAAAGAAGAAUUCAUUUGUAAUUAUGGAGAUAGAAAGCGUGGGCGGCACGAAAUGUCUGAUCCCUUACUCGUCAACUUAGUGAGUAGUGACAGUAAUUGUAGGGAGGUGGAAAGCAGAACAAGUGCUGGGAAGAUGCAGGAUUGUCAUUCUCAGAGUGUCUUUAAUGAUAAUAAUAUGAAGACUCAAAGAAGUGGUUCUGUAACACCUUCUGAAAAUCCAACUCCAUGUGGCAGAAAUGUAGAAGAGAAUGCUGCUGAAAAUCGAACAUCUGCUGCCACUGAAAAGGACGGCAGUGCCAGCAAAAAGAAAAGGAAGCAUGGUCCUUUGACCAAGGAAAGAAGAGCUAAGAAAAAGAAAAAAGAAAGAAUUAAACGAGCAGAAAAGAACAGAAAACUUGGUGUCAAAAGAUUAAAGCUGCAACCAGUUUUGAAGCCAAAGACAAAAGCUUAUUGCCGCCACUAUCUACAGGGGAGAUGCCAUGAGGGUGAUAAGUGCAAAUUCUCCCAUGAUACAGUUCCCUUGACAAAGUCUAAGCCAUGCGGUCAUUUUGCUCGUCACUCUUGCAUGAAAGGAGAUGACUGUCCAUUUGACCAUCAACUCUCUAAGUACCCAUGCAACAAUUAUGCUUCUAAUGGUUUCUGCAGUAGAGGCUCUGACUGUUUGUUUUCACAUGAGAUUCCGGCCAAACAGAGUUUCUCUAUGGCACCUAAUGUAUCAAAAUCUGAGUUGACAUCUGCACAUCAUAUAGUGCCUGACAAGGGAGGAUCAGUUGCAAUAUCAAAGAUGACCAAGCCUGAAGUUAAGUUCCCAUCCCCACUGAAUAAUUCAAACUCUAGCAAGCAUACAGAUACCUCUGGUCAGAAGAUUGAUGCCAAAUUCUGCUCUGUUGAGGACUCCUCUGGUAAGAGUGCAGAACUGCUCGCACCAAAACCUGUUCCAAGGCCUGCUGGGCAGGCACCCAAAGGAGUUAGCUUCCUUUUGAAUGGGGGGAUGCGACUUGGUGACACCAGUAAGCACAAACAGGAUGGAUCCUGUGUAAAAAGAAGUGAUGGCGUGGAUGCUGCUUCUAAUACAAUUCUUAAAGUGCCAGGUAGCUUUAACAAGACGAAUGAGAUUUUUGAGGGGUUAGCUCCACGGAAACCACGGGGAAUAAAUUUUCUCUCCUUUGCCCAACCUCGCGCUGAUGAUUCCAGUAGUAAGGCACUCCCUGACUUUAUUGCGAAUCGUAAAAAUGAAACUGGAAAAUCUGUCAUAGAUGAUAUGGUUAAAGAUAAACUGACCUGGUCAUUGCCAGCGAGUGUCCGAACUCUUAAAGUCAAUCAGCAGAUGAACCAAAAUGCUAACAGUCUAGCACGGGGGCUGCCUGAAGAGAUUAAUGGUACUCCUCUUGGUGUUCAUUUUGACACUGCAUUUUCAUUGGUUAAAGAGGGACCAAGUACACCAAGUAUGAUUCAGGACUCGACUAAAAAGCGUUUCCUUUCCUUUGGUGGGUCGUGGGAUCGAUCAACAGGUGGGGAGAAUGUAGAUUUAUUUAGCCCUUUCAAGACAUCGCUCUUGGCAAAUUCACCAAGCUCGGUGCAGAAAGCUGUUCAAUCGACAUUGGCAUUUGCAGCUAAGUUUGAUCCUGAUGUUAAAAUUGGAUCUUCCCUUCAUCAACAGGGAAGGUAGAAAUUCUCAGGUUGGUUAGUACAGCAUGGAGAAUUUAGGUUUUCUUAUGUGGCGAACUCUGGAGUAUCAAAUUUUGAAGAUUGGAAACAAUGUCCAUGUUUCUUCUUCCAGUUAGGUUCUGGGAUUACCCACUUGAUAGAUGUGUGGUACGUGCUGGACUUAAAAAGGAUAUCAGUUUUACAAUCACUCCACGGUUUGAUGAUGGUAUCGAAUUUUUACAAUCAUCAGAAUUGCAGCACAACUCUAUGUUGCAACAGAGUUGGCCAAAUAGUGCCAGCCACUUGCCUUAUUGCCUCAUUGCCUCUUGGGAUUCCAUGAAUUGGAUG